ACUUACUUUUGGGUUUGGGAUUACCCUAUACUAUACUCUUAGUUGAUGAACCAGAGGAUGACGGGGUUGAGACCUAUCAAUGGCACGACAUGGUUAUCCAGGUAUCGGCAUCUCUGCUUGUUUUGGUGGACCACUGCUUAUUUGCUAUGGCCUACCAUUUUGCGCACAAUAGUCCGCAUCUCCGACAACGGACUUGUAUAUCACUAUCAAAUUGUAAUU